AUUACGCGUCAUUAGAGCGCUGCGCUUUACAAUGUUAUAUAUGACCCGACCCAUUUGUGGAAUCAUUAUGCGCUGAUUCAUAUGUAAUUUCCUCGUCAAAGAGACUUCUUGUCUAGUCUAUUAUCGUGUCGCGCAAUCGAGGCGUUACGAAUCACCAUGGUCGGUGUCCCCAGAUCGAAAGGCUGCCUCACCUGCCGGACACGGAAGAAAGGGUGCGACAAGGCUAUUCCUACUUGCUCCCAAUGUCGCAAGGCCGGACUCCAAUGUGCCGGGUAUUCAAGACAACCUGUCUUUGUGCACGCUACAGCAACAAAUAAUGGGACACUCUCUAAAGUUGACGCAGCGGCGCGGCCGUGGUCAUCUAAAUAUACAAAGCACGCAAAUCGCCCUUUGCGUAUCACUCCACCCGACGCGCUCGUCAGGACGGCCAGAGAGCAGCUCUACACAGCCUACCUCUGGCACACCAUGACCCCGAAGCAUCAAGGGCCCUACAACGAGCUAUCUAAGCAGCCAGGAGCUAGCUGGGCACGAGCAAUAUCCGAGGGUUGCGUAACAGAGCCGUCUCUGCGAUUCAUCGCCAUGGCUUGGGCAAUGGGGUGCAUGGCUGUGGACAACGACGACAAGCAAAUGCGCAUCAAGAGUUUCCAGACUUACAAUUCAGCGGUACGCCAGCUUAGCCUGGCAUUGCGUCACGAUGGUUCUUUCACCCGUGAUGGGCUAAUUAUGGCGUCUGGUCUAAUGGCAUCCUUUGAAAUGAUUUUUAAUACGGCCGAAGAGCCACGAGUGCUUGCUUGGGGGGGCCAUAGCCAUGGACAGCUUGCCAUGUUUCUCAUUAGAGGCCCUGCCGCCUUCACCUCUGGCGACGCACAUCAGCUUUUCGUCGAUAGCCGGAUCAAUAUGGCAAUGUUGGGUAUUGGUCAAAGAAAGACAUCACCCAUCAGUAGCGUCGAAUGGAAAUCCGUACCCUGGAUGGUAGAGCCGAAAUCAGCGAGGGACAAGCUCAUCGAUGCCAUGCUCGACAUUCCUGCUCUCUUGGAACAAUUGACCGAUUUUCGCAGCUGUGCUGCCAGGUGUGGCGGCAGAAAGCUCCGAGCCGGCUAUGCAGCCAUCGACAUGGCGCUGCAAUCGUGGGUCAACGAGAUGGGCUCGCAGAUUCAGACCUUUGACUAUACAGUUACUGGACGCCCAGUGCCAGCUCCUAAAACGGAUGCAGAGUUCACAUUACUCAAUCUCUCCAUCAUUUACUGGUUUCUUAACAUGAUGCUGCUCUCCAUCAAAGCUUCCGUGCUAGAGAUAUCCGGCAGCGGCGCACACGAAACGCUGAACUCACUUAGAACAGUCGCAAAAAAGUGUUCAAGCGCACUACUGCUCUUAUUCGGCGAAUCGAGCGGCCUGAGCCAGAAUAUAACAGGCCUGCUGUCACUGAGCAUCGCUCUGCGCUACUUCCUCGUGGCAGACAAGUCAGAACAACAAAGUGAAGAGUUCCUAGCACUCAGAGCACUGCUGGGUAGAGAAUUAGCUGGUACUAGCGUUCGGCAACUUGUUACGCGUAUGGGACGCGGCAUUGAUCCUCUUGAAUGGGGUCGCGCUGGCGCCGAUGAUGCCGUAGACAUCACUGGAUGGUUUUAGUUUUGUUAUAUACUAAAAAGUCCUAUCUUCCGGUACAUACAACCAUAGGCACAGUACAAUUCGGGACUUAGUAGCCGUAAGCUUUAGCGUAUAGCUCGAAGGCUUCCACACAUUGAAGCUCAUUGAGAAACUGUGCUAUAUGCUCCUUCCCCCACUCUGAUCUAAGAUCAGCUGUAUAUUCAGCUUUACAAAAUUCCCAGUAAUCAGGAUACCAUCCAGACUCUUGCUAGUCUAUUAUCGAAAUGAUACGAUGUGGCUUUUCGGGAGAGAUAAGAAUAUUGCUGCGAUGGAGAUCAGAGUGUGUGAAAACGACAGCAGAAUCGUCCGGCAGGGACUGUCGGUAUGGGUCGGGUAUUUCGCUUGGGUCGAUACCAGACCAGUGCUGCUCUUUUCUCCUUAUUACCAUUGAAGAACGCCAAUCAUGAAAAUAAGAGAAAAGAGAAAAAAAUAAGAAGAUUCCUAGUUAACUAAGUUACACUAUACAAAUCGCCACUUUACA